UAGACUCGAUCGAGCAUCUGGCAGGCGUUCAUCCUCAUCCAGGGGAAACGGCGUCUGCUUCUGCUUCUGUUGCUGCUCCUGCUCCUGCUUCUACUGCCUCACCCCCACGUCGAUCAACCGAUCGCUCCCCUUCCCCUUCUCACACCGCCAAGCCCUCUAUCCCAUUCUCUGCAUUCUCACUCAGACUCGCCCGUCACUCAUCUGAAGAACGCCGUUUGAAACAGAACAGCGUCGAUCGUGAGCUUGAUUCAGUUCAACCUCCACUAUCUCGAUCAGAUUCUGGAUCAAUACACGUGCAUAUGGGAUCGGGUAGGAUGACUCUUGAGGACAGGCUAAGAGGCGCUUUUACCAUUGGUGAUGACUCGGGCGCGGCGACUCCUGCAGAGGAACUGCCAGCGUUGGGCGUCGUUCCUCCAACGCCGCCGACGUUGACACCGGGAAGGACACCGCAGAAACUGGAUACGCAACUACCGCAGAUGACACUCGAAUACGCCGCUUCCAUUCCCUUGCCACCGAGUCGCCCAAGCUCACCAGAUCAGGGCAGCAGGAGGCAGAGGCAGUCAACCUCCCCCACUCCAUCCACCACGUCCCCAACCAUAUCCGCAUCCGCAUCCGCAAGCGCAAGCUCAGUCUCCCUCGUAGGAUCAUCAUCCCCACUCGCAUAUGUCAGCUCGGGCUCGGCAGCCGAUUUGCCCGCAACGAGCAUUCCCCGCACGCCGAGGUUGGCCGAGAGUAGGGAGGGGGUGAGCAGUCCCCGGUCCAUGAGUUUGCCGGAUGCUGCUCGGUUGGAUGCUGCAGAUGGAGGUUCGAGUGGGGAUGGAGAAGGGGAAAAGGGGAAGGAGGUGGAGCUUGAUCGACAAAAGGAAGUGCAAAGCCCCCUGACACUGCCAAACCCCCGCAGCAGGCGAGGGAGCGAGCUCCCAAACAGCAGCAUCAAAGAAGGAGAAGAAACUGCCCGACUGCGCGAACGACUAGAGCUCGUGGAAGGGCGGUUUGCCGAAAUAUCAACGUCGUUUAAGAAGAUGCAAGGGGAGCGGCUUGCGCUCCUCGCCGUGCUCAGGGAGCUCACUAAUCUCGAGACGCUCUCCCCUCAGGGAGUGAGGGAGUGCCUGCAAACCCUUUUGGACGAAAGCGGGAAAGCGAAAGAGGAAGUGGCGAGGUUGCAGGGGCUUAUAAAGCAACAGGAAGAGAGGAUGGACGAGCUCAGGGAUACGCAUAGGCUCGAAGGGGUAUCCCGGACCCAGCAGCUAGAACAAGUGCGCAAACAGCUCUCGGAGUGCGAGGCGCUGCUUACUGCUCAAGCUUCUAAGAGCGGGGAGGUGGACACGCUCAAGCUCGAGGGGGAACGGCUCAAAGGGCUCGUGAAAGAGGAAGAGGAAAAGCGAGGCAAGGCUGUCCAGCUGCUCAAGAGCGUCAGGCAGAAACUUGUCAAAGCCGAAAAGGAGAGAGACGAGGCUGUCUCUUCCUCUGCUGCCGCUGUGCGUAAUGCAGAAGAGGCGGCGCGGAAGGAACGAGAUGUGCGGGAGGAGUUCGAUAGGGAGAGAGAGAGGCUCAGGGGGGAGAAGGAGAGGGAAGUCGCACUUGUUCGAAGAGAUAUGGCUGCUGAGGUCUUGAGGGGUCGGGAGGCUGCGGAGAGGGACUUCAGGUCCAAGCGGGAAAAGUACGAGCUCGACGCUAUCCACGCUAAGGCCGCGUACGACAAAGAACUCUGCUUCCGUUUAUCCCGUAUCUCCGCGCUCGAGUCGUCCAACACCGCCCUCUCGGCAGAACGCGACCACCUGUUCGACGAACUCCAGCUUCGGCAGGCAGAGGUCGAGUCCUCCCGAUCGGCCUUAGAGCUCGCCCAGGCCCAGACUGGGGAACUUGGCUACCAGCUGAGGGAAGUAUCGGACAGGCUCGCAGUCGCUUUGGAGGAAGUUGGCGAGUUGCGCCGGGGUGCUGGGGGGGAAGAAGAGGGCCGGAGGAGGGAGGUGGCGAGGUUGUUAGCUGAGAGCGAGCAGCGCGCGGAGGGCAGAGUGGCGGAGCUCCGCGAGCGCUUGGCUGCUCUAACUAAGGAGAGGCAAGGCGCUGAAGAGGAGUGGACGAGGGACAUUGCUGACCGUGGGCGGGAGGUAGAGCGUUUACGCCGCGUCAUCGAUGGGAAGGACAGGGAGUACGCGCAGGCUGUGAGGGAGAAGAAGGAGCGGGACGAGAAGGUGGACAACCUUCAGCUGGAGAUGAGGCGGUUGUUGGAUCGGGUAGGCGCGGGGGAGGCGGAGGUUGCUGCGGGUCGGGUGGAGGGGGAGAGGCUCAGACGGGAGGAGGCGGCGUUGAGGCGGGAUAUGGAGGUGUUGAGGCUUAGGCUGGGAGAGAGGGAGAAGGAGCUGGAGGAAGUGAGGGGGAGGGAACAGCAAGUCAGGAGCAGUAAUAAGACACUCCGCGACGAACUCCGCAAAGUUCAGUCCUCGGCUGCGCUCCUCGAACGAGGGCGUAACCCCGGCGUAGGAUACUUCUCCGCCCGGACGGGGAUCACCUCGCCCCCGAACGGUGACGCCUCUGGGAGCACGAGCGACAUCCUUUCUCGUAGCUCGACGGACAACGGGAAUGGGAAUGGCUACCCUACUGCUUCUGCGCCUGCCCCUGGUAGCCCGGCGAGGAGCGAAGCCAGCCUGAGCAAGAACGAAGAAGAGGUCAAUCUGGAGUAUCUGAGGAACGUGAUCCUCCAGUUCUUGGAGCAUAAGGAGAUGCGACCAAAUCUCGUCAGGGUGUUGAGCGUCAUCCUCCGGUUCACACCGCAAGAAACCCGCAGGCUCGUAUCCAAAGUCGGGAACUAGAUCUCCGGCCGUUCGCAGCCCAAGGAGCAAAAGAAAA